AUGACAGGUCUAGGGUCCCUCGACCAAUCUGGUUGAGUGUGAGGCGUUGUCUGUGAAUAUUCGAGAAGCAAAGACGAUAUGCAGAGCUGAGCAUGCGGGCCUUGCGUGUUGAUUUGUUGUUUGUGCUGGUUAUUGCUUAGUGAGAGAAACAAGAGAGAAAUAUCAGCGAUUAGAGCCCAUAUCAUCGCAUUCAAGCAACGGGCGGCCUGUUUACUCUGCUUAUGGACUUAACCUUUUUGUAUUUUGCCAAAACAAACUGUGUAGAGAACUGUUUUCCCGCUUCGCGGGUCUGUUCUUUCGUUGUGGGCGUGAGCUAGUCUGGGGUUUUAGCUGACUUUUUCAAAGCUUUUACGCAAACAAUAACAUACAAAAUGGCGGACCAGGUAGAUGCUGGUGUUCCGGAUCUCGCUGGGGCCUCCAAGCAAAAGCUGGAAGAAGUUAUGACCAGCCAGAGCGAGCAUGCCAAGCAAUUCAUUGAUCAAAACUUCGAUGGAAUGCAAACUUUGAUUCGAAACUUGCGCACGUCAGCGUUCAAAGGCCUCACUGGAUUUGCAGAUAAUCUAGCGCACAGGAGACAGGUGUACGGGUCAAAUGAGAUGCCAUUAGCCCGGCGAAGAAGCCUAUUCCACUUCCUUCUGUACUCCAUGAAGGACUGGAUAUUGAUAGUGCUUGUGAUAGGUGCUAUUAUAUCCUUGGUAUUAGGCCUUGUCUACCCGGAGUCAUGCAAAGGAGUUAUAAAUGGGGAGGUGGCCUGGUACGAGGGUGUUGGAAUACUGGUCAUGGUGAUACUGAUGAUAUUGAUCUCGGCACUCAGUGACUACCUGCGCGAUGCUGAUUUCCGCUGCCAACAGAAGCGUGUCCACAUGGAGGAGAGAGUUACUGUGAUCCGUGACAGUGGUGCCGUCAAAGAUAUCCUGAAGUCUGAGCUUGUUGUUGGCGACCUAUGUCUGCUGAAGGCUGGCUCUCUGGUUGCAGCGGAUGGUGUUGUUGUCCAGAGCAGUGAUCUGGUGGUAGAUGAGACACUGUUUAGCAGAUCAGAGCGCCAUAAAUCUGUUGAAGAUCCUCUUGUCUUUGCCGGUACUCAUGUUGUGAAGGGAACUGGGAAGUUUAUUGUGUUAGCUGUUGGUGCCUCAACACAAGCCAUGAUGCAGCUACGUCUGGGUGAUCCAGCCUCUCCAGGAAUUGAGCUUCAGCCAGCGCCAGCAGGGCCAAUCAACAACAAGGGUAGUCAGAAUCUCCUGGAAUUUAAGAGACACAAGGAAGAGAAUGCAACACUUGAAGGGAAAGUCAACCGUGUAGCUGUUGCGUUAGGGUACAUUGGUAUUGCUGUUGCCCUCAUUACCAUGAUUGUAAUCAUGGUUCAUUUCAGCGUUACCAACUACUAUACAAAUGAGAAACCUGCAAAGCCUGAAGAUGUAAACAUGUACGUGCGUGCUUUCAUCAUGGGAAUGGUCGUGCUUGUUGUGUCUGUGCCAGAGGGAUUACCGCUUGCCGUCACCUUUGCCCUGGCCUUCUGCACCAAGAUGAUGUAUAACAAGCAGAGUCUGGUUAAACACAUGGACAUUAUAGAGACCAUGGGGAAUGUCAGCAACAUUUAUUGUAACAAGACAGGAGUUUUGACAGAGCAUAGGAUGCGAGUCGACCGAAUGUUCAUUGCUGAUCAACUGCUUGACGGGGACCCCAAGGUGUACAAGCACAAGAUACCCUCUGAGCUACUUGAUGACUUGUUCAAAGCAAUUUCACUCAACACCAGCUACUCCUCACAGAUUCAGCCUGCUGGCCGUGACCACCUGCCUGUCCAGGUGGGCAAUAAGACAGACUGCUCCCUAUUGCAACUGAUGCUGGAGAUGGGUGAGACCUACCAAUACUGGCGUGAUGAUCACCCUGAAGAUCGCUUUGUCAAGGUGUUUGCUUUCACAUCCGAGAGGAAAUCCAUGACGACUGUCUUAGAAAAGGAGAAGGAUGGGUUCUAUGUCUACACUAAAGGAGCAGCAGAAAUACUUCUUCCACGAUGUACUUCAACUAUUACCACUGAUGGAAAGAUGCGGCCAUUCACUGACGAAGACCGUGAAAGGUUACGCAAGGAAGUGAUGGAAGAAAUGCAUAAGCAGGCACUGAAAAUCCUUGUUCUUGCCUGCAGAAGUCUCAGUGAUUCAGACAAGGGCUUGUUAGAUGAUGAAGCCAAAGUAUUAGAGGACCUGACUUUGAUGGCUGUUGUGGGCAUCGAGGACCCUAUCAGAGAAAAGGUCCCUGAGGCAAUCUGGAAAUGUGAUAGGGCUGGUAUCAGAGUGUGCAUGGUUAGUGGAGAUAGCAUACAGACAGCGAGAGCUGUUGCUGCAAGAGUUGGGAUCCUCAAACCUGAUGAAGACAUCUUGAUGUACACUGGACAAGAGUUUAACAGCUACAUCAGAGAUCCUGAUGGAAAAGUUAACACUGACAGGUUCAACUCAAUGUGGCCAAAGCUAAAGGUUCUUGCCAGAGCAACGGCUCGUGAUAAAUACACGUUGGUGAAACAUGUCAUGGGCAGUGGGGUGAACAGGCAGGGAGAGAUGGUCGCAGUCACUGGUGCAGGGGUACAUGAUGGGCCUGUUCUGAGGAAAGCAGAUGUGGGCUUCACAAUGGGUGUGUCUGGAUCAGAUGUGGCCAAGGACAGUGCGGAUGUCGUCUUAUUGGAUGAUAACUUUGGCAGCAUUGUGUGGGCGAUCAAGUGGGGUCGCAAUGUCUACAACACAGUGGUCAAGUUCCUGAUGUUCCAGUUCACUGUCACAUGGUCAGCCUUUAUUGUUGUGGUGAUUGGAGCAUGCGUCACAGGGCGGAGCCCACUUGGGGCGACCCAGUUGUUGUGGGUGAAUCUGAUAAUGGAUUCCCUCGCCUCGUUGGCUCUUACGAGGGACUUCCCCACAGAUGACCUAUUACGUCAUCAGCCAUACGGCCGUCAUAAGGCUCUGAUUGGCCGAACUCUCAUCCGUAACGUGGUCGGUCACGUGAUCUUCCAGCUCGUGGUCAUGUUCGUGUUGAUCUUCAAGGCUCACGAGUGGCUGGACAUCAAGGACGGUUUCCAGACGGAUACAAUUUGUCAGCCGACCCAACACUCGUCACUUGUCUUCACCACUUUCGUCUUCAUGCAAGUCUUCAACGAGAUCAACAGCCGCAGUGUACACGGGCGAAAUAUGUUCAAGGGAAUCCACCGAAACAUAGUGUUUAUUUGUAUCUGGAUCGCACAGGUUUCCAUACAGGUGCUCAUAGUUGAGGUCUUCACCCGCGCAUUCAACACUAAGGGCAUGGACGCCGAGCAGUGGUUGUGGUGCAUCUUCCUCGGCCUGUCCGAGCUGAUCUGGGCCCAGGUCAUCUACACCUUCCCAAAGACGUGGCUGCCGCUGUUCUUACGAUGCGGGGUCACGGGGCACCCCAAGGGCCGGCACAUCAACUGGAUCAGGAGCACGUCUCGUGUCGAUCAAAAGGACUCUGGUCCAGCGGCUGCGUUUAAGCUUAAUGUGGCAGACCACCCCCCUCCGCCAGCGACCCCGACAGGGGUAAUGCCGAUCACACCUGAAGACGAGCAUUGGCGCGGCCCCACAGCUGCUGACGCGCGCCUUUGAUGGGUCAGCGGCUAUUCUCAUCCUGAAGACGAGAAUUGGCGCGGCCUCACAGCUGCUGACGAGCGCCUUUGAUAGGUCAGCGGCUAUUCUCAUCGGUUCGUGGAAUAGCAUAUGAAAGGGGCUAACUCGUCACGACUUUUAACUUUGUGCUGUUGUUGUACAUCUACCUAACUAGUUUUCAUCACAGAAAAAGUAAGCAAAAGAAAGGCACGAGGCACUGCCGGAUUUGAGACAUAACCACAGUAGAUCUGGCAUACAUUUCGCUGCUCCGAACAAAAAUGUUUGUCCCAACUUGGCCCGUUUACGUGCGCUGUGCUGUAGAGUACUGAAGCACUCGCGAAACGAGUCCUGGGUUGGUAAAGUGUAACUCUGAAGCACGCGAAUCCGCUAAUUACUCGUUUCCUUAUCCACCGAUAUUUAGUCCUAUCAUUUAUAGCAUAAAAUUUGGGUAACAAAUUCAGAUAAGGUAUAUAUUUUCUAGGAAGUGUGGUUUAUUAUAUGCUCAGGCUAAGAUGUGGGACUAAAGCGUUUUGUAUUUCGACUCGAAAAGUUUUGUUUUCGGGGUUUUGGGAUUUCUGUGGCCCGCUAAAAGCAAGAGAAGAGAAGAGACUAGUCCAAAGGAUUCCCAUAAGCCCGAAAACAGUACUUCCUGAGUGAGCCCACUAGAGAGUAAGCUUAUGUAUUGAGUAGCAAUUAGGAAAGGCACCUCAAGCAACGACGACGAUAACGUGGACGAUUACGGCGAAAACAAUAGAAUUGGAUUGAUUAUGUUCUGUCUGACACAUCUCAAGGCUGAUUUAGACGAGCACAAUCUAGUCGUAUGAAACCUACCUACGACGACAUGUUUCAGCCAAAAAUUGCACACUACGACUUGUAGUCGUAGUCGCAUUCUAAAUCAAAAUUUUAGUCGCUAUCCACCAAGUCACGACGCAACGCUCACGUUUCACGGCCUAUCGAGCUUACGCACGUUUGCCUUUGUAAAAAAAAUAACAUUUUGCUAUUGUAAAAAUAAUGUCCUUAGUUUAUUUCCAUAUGUUUCGAGCAAUAAUGUGUUACAACUAUUCCAUUGUUAAUAGGUUGGGAUUUUUGUCCUUCCCGUCGUCGUUGUCCUUGCUUGAAAAAAGCCAGCAAGAUAAAAACUGUGAAGAAGUUAACAUAAUAUGACUCAAAGUCAAAUAACAUAUAUGUAGUUUUAUAGACGUUAAAAUAAAGUGCCCUUUUAUGAUAUGA